AUGCGGGCUUGGGCCGGAGGUUGCCCUGGCUUUACGCACGGGGGGCCCGCUGGCUGGCAAAACUUGGCCACCUACACCACGUGCGAAUCGAGUGGAAAGGACUGCACGAAGGUGGUGGGGGCAUCGUGGUUGUGGUACGACCAAGAAGAAACGUUCUGGAACUACGGCAGCAACUCGUGCAACGGGGGCUGGGCCAAGUGCGGCCACUUCUCCAACAUGAUGAGCCCCGAAGUCACGUCCAUGGCGUGCGGGUGGUCCGAAUGCGCCAACGGCAACUACGUCUGGUGCAACUACGACACCCCCGUGAAGAACCCCAAGGUGGGCAAAAUCACCGGCAUGACCAAAGCCGAGCUCAAAGCCAGCUUAACCGCCUAA